CACUGUGCGUCCUCUGUCCUCAAACAACGCUCGCAUUCCGUGUAAUUCGGUGAUCCUGAUCAGGGGGUUGCGGUUUAUGUUGUUGCCGUUGAAUCUCUAUCUUUUUCAGUGAAUAUACUUUGUAGUUGAUUGCUAGUUUAUUAUAUUUCAAACAUGGAGUCCGCAGAGUCUGGCGCUCUGUCGGCGGCGCAGAGGAGGGCAGAGAUCCGGAGGAGGAAGCUGCUCAUGAACUCAGAGGACAGGAUGAACAGGAUCGUGGGCUUCACCAAAAACGAGUCUGAAAACAACGCUGGGGCGCUCCUGCGUCCAGCAGAACCCCACUUCCACCUCGAUCUCGACCGGACGGAGCCGUGGUCGUCGUCCUCAUCCUCCCAGAGACCGUCUCCCUUCCCGCCAGAGGCCUCGGGCUUCGGUAGCCGCUCCCACGGUGCCACGCCAGAGAGGAGGGGCUCACCGCUGCUGGGCUGCAGCGAGCCGCCAGGAGGCUCCCUGGAAGACGACACCGGGGGGAUCCGACAGAGGCCGAGAGGGGAGCGGGCGCCGGACGACCUCGGCGGCUCCCCGCGCCAAGGCCUCCAGAAGUACCUGUCCCGUUUUGACGAUGCCAUGAAACUGCGGGGUCAGCUGGCCAACGAGAAGCCGGCCGAGGACGGAGCGUCCGAGGCCGAGGAGUUUGAUCCCUUCAGAAUCUUCCGGAUCAUCGGCAGCGUCCUCCUCGCGAUUUUCGUCCGGGGUUUUGUCUGCAGGUUUCUUUCAAUAUUUGCUCCGUUCCUGACCCUCGAACUGGCCUACAUGGGCCUGUCCAAAUACUUUCCAAAGGUAGAGAAGAAGGCUCAGACCACCGUGCUGACAGCGGCCCUGUUGCUGUCCGGCAUCCCGGCCGAGGUCAUCAACCGCUCCAUGGACACAUACAGGAGGAUGGGCGACGUCUUCGCCGACCUCUGCGUUUACUUCUUCACCUUCAUCCUCUCGCAUGAGAUCCUGCUGCUCGUUGGCUCGGAGACCCCCUCCCCUGAUGGACUGCCAGGAUCUCAGUAAAACCCCCUCCCCCCUGUCUUGUCGUCCCCCUCCCUCUGUCUGCCAACGAGUCCUUGCUGCCUUAUGAUCAGGGUCGUGCGUCCAGGAUUCCCCUAAUGCUAAGCUACAUGCGACCAGAGAUUCUAGAGAACGACAGCAUGUGUUUGCUUGUGCGAAACAAUGUACAGUGGCAUUUAUCGUAUUUUUCGGGUGUAACAAAUAGAAAUAAAUGUCAUACUCACGGAGUGAACACAAGUACAGUUCAUCAUCGGUCUGG